GCACCCGCUGCACCCGCUGCACCCACCCUGCGGCCGUGGUCAACAUGAAGAGUGACCCCUGACCGCGUCCUGUGGCCCUGGCUGGCCUCGCCGCCGGCCGGGCUGCCCCGCGCAGCGCGCAUCGCGCAGAAUCCCAUAUUCCUGUGAUAGCACCAAGACUGCCCCUUUGUAUUCCACGUCUGUGAUAGCGGACGAAGACAGUUAGUGUGAGAGUGUUUUUGUAGCUCAACGUGAAGUGGAGAGCCCCGCGCUCCCCGGACGCCCCAUCCACGUGAAACGGUGCGGGAGAUGGGGAGUUCCGGUAAAAAGGCGAUCGGCGGCAGCAUCCACCGUAUCCGUGAAUUCGAGUUGGAGAAGGUGAACCUGGCCGAGGAGUUCGACAUCCUGCAGAUCGUCGGCGAAGGAUGGUUCGGCAAGAUCCUGCUGGCCGAGCACCGGGCCACGGGCCGCGAGGCCGUGCUCAAGGCCCUGCCCAAGCCCUACACCGCGCUCAAGGACUUCUACCGCGAGUUCCACUACUCGCUGCACCUGGGCGCGCACCGGUCCAUCAUCACCACGCAGGACGUGGCCUUCGAGACGGCCGGCUUCUACGUGUUCACGCAGGAGUACGCGCCCCUCGGCGACCUCACCGCCAACGUCUCCGAUAACGGCAUCGGCGACCUGCACUCCAAGCGCGUCGCCAAGCAGGUCGCCUCGGCGCUGGAGCACCUGCACUCGCGGGACCUGGUGCACCGCGACGUCAAGCUGGACAACGUGCUGGUGCUGCGGUCCGACUUCUCGCGCGUCAAGCUGUGCGACUUCGGCGAGACGCGGCGGGCCGGCACACUGGUGACGCGGCGCCACGAGUGGCUGCCCUACUCGCCGCCCGAGGUGCUGCUCACCGACACCGACCAGACGUACAAAGCCGAGACGUCCCACGACGUGUGGCAGUUCGCCGUGGUGGUGUUCGUGUGCCUGACGGGGUGCUUGCCGUGGCAGAAGGCCGCCCCGGACGACCCCCGGUACGCGCGCUACGUGUCCUGGCGCGCCGCCGCCUCCAUGCCCUUCCUGCCGGCGUCGCGACGCCCCAAGCUGUGGCGGCUCAUCUCGGCGCGCGCCCAGCGCAUGCUCAGGAACUUCCUGGAGCCGCGCGCCGACCGCCGGCCGGCCAGCCUCGGCGAGCUGCAGCGGUACCUGGACGACCGCUGGGUGGCCAAGGGCAGCGGCGACAAGAAGGAGGAGGGCGUUGAGGACGACGGCCUCUGCCCGUCCAUGUAUUCCUUCCACUCGUCCGUGGAAGAGAAGAACAAGCUGCUGGCCACGCUGUCCGAGUGCGGCAUCGAGACCACGGUGGACCGCGGUGCAAAGAAGGACCGCAUCCACCAGUGGGUGCAAUCCUCCGUCAUCGCCGAGGACGACGAGGAGGGCGAGUCCGAGGACGGCGACCUCGAGGGCGAGAGCUGGGAGGAGGAGGAGUCCCAGCCCCGGCCCAGGCCGCGCACGGGGAGGGUGGGUGUUGGCCGCGUUCGGCCCUGGUUCGGACGCGCCGUCCUGCAGCCGCUGGAGUAUUCGCGGAGCACGGCUCACUCUGUUCUGUCUCUGUCUCUCUCUGUCCGCAGGGCCAGGGUGACGUGGAGCAGGCGACCACGUCAUCGGCGUCAUCGGCUGGCCCGGUGGCGCAGCCACAGCCUCCCCCCCGCAGCGCGGCCAGCGGCACGUCCAGGGUGUCCUCGGUGUCCUUCGCGGACAGCCAGCCGGGGCCCGGCCCGCAGCGGCCCACUGCCGCCACCCGCUCCAACGGCACCCCCAAGUCCGGCCCUUCCAGAUCCGGCACCCAUUCCUCCGGCCGGACGGCCAACGCCAACCCCAAAGACAGCCCCUACUCGAGCGGCAGGGUGCCCAACGGCGUGGCCAAGCCGUCCAACGGCAACCCCAAGGAUGACCCGUACGCCGCGGCCACGGCGGCCACGGCGCGGACGCCCAACGGACUGCCCAGCGGCAGCGGCAAGGGCCGCACCGCGCCCGCCGGCAGGGCGACCAACGGCAAGAUGGUGAACGGCAGGACGGCGAGGGAGCCGCAGCCCCAGCCACCGCCACAACAGCAGCAACAGCCGCACACCGCUUCCGGCGAGUCAGGCAGCAGGUCCGGCAGUCACUAGCCCCAACAGUCCUACAGUACUCUUUGGUACUACUGUACCGUACUGUAGGACUCCACUGACUCCACGACCGGCGGCCGGCGCGGCGGUCUGCAGCCGCUUCCACGGGCUGAUGUGCUGACGAGCUGAGGAGCUCCACUUCGGCAAGCGGCAAGGCCCGGCCAUCCUGACAGGGCGGCGGCGCCUUGCUCACAGUCAGUGCGAAAAAAAACAAUCUGUGGUAUUUUUUUAAAAUUCAAUUUUGCGAACGCGUCUUUGAAUCCAACUAAUGUUUCUUGCAGCUCACCCCUCCCCCUUUCACUUUCAGUCCCCUCAUCAAGUCAUGGCCAGGGAUGGAUGUUUGCCGUCUGCAGUCGGCGAAGAGCAUUGCUUGGCGGGAGUGCAUUCUCAUUCUCACGGAAAGAACGGGGUUUUGAAACAUGCUGUAACUUCUAAAUAUGAUGACCACUUCGUGGCUGAAAUUUUCUUUUUUACUGAAAGAAAAAGCUAAUUAAAAGAAUGAUUCUUUUCAUGACGAUGACUAUCUAGUGUCAAUAUUCUCCAAAUCAAGACUGCUCUCAUUUUGAAUGGAACAUAGUGUAUAAAAAGUGUAAACAGGAUGUCUGUUCCGUAUAAGAUAUUUAAUACAUUAAGCAAUUCGGUAAGUUAAUAUUGUGUAAUCGCUUCGUUGUUUGAAAAUAGAGAAUGAUGUUCAACAUUGUGA